AUGGUUAACUUCACGAUCGACGAGAUCCGGCAGCUUAUGGACAAGCCUACCAAUGUCCGUAACAUGUCCGUUAUUGCCCACGUCGACCACGGCAAGUCUACCCUGACCGACUCUCUUCUCGCCAAGGCCGGUAUCAUUUCCACCGCCAAGGCUGGUGAUGCCCGAGCCACAGAUACUCGCGCCGAUGAACAGGAACGUGGUAUCACCAUCAAGUCUACUGCCAUCUCCCUGUAUGGUCAGCUUGGCGAGGAUGACGACGUUGCCGACAUUGUUGGCCAAAAGACCGACGGAAAGGACUUCUUGAUCAACCUCAUUGAUUCUCCCGGUCACGUUGAUUUCUCUUCUGAGGUUACCGCUGCUCUCCGUGUCACUGAUGGUGCUCUUGUUGUCGUCGACACCGUCGAGGGUGUCUGUGUCCAGACCGAGACUGUCCUCCGACAGGCCCUCGGUGAGCGCAUCAAGCCCGUCAUCAUCAUCAACAAGGUCGACCGUGCUCUUCUCGAGCUUCAGGUCUCAAAGGAGGAUCUGUACCAGUCCUUCUCCCGAACUAUCGAGUCCGUCAACGUCAUCAUUUCUACCUACCUUGACAAGUCUAUUGGUGACAUCCAGGUCUACCCCGAUAAGGGUACCGUUGCCUUCGGUUCCGGUCUGCACGGCUGGGCUUUCACCGUCCGACAGUUCGCUGUCCGAUACGCCAAGAAGUUCGGUGUUGACAAGAACAAGAUGAUGGAGCGUCUCUGGGGCGACAACUACUUCAACCCCAAGACCAAGAAGUGGACCAAGAACGGCACCUAUGAGGGUAAGCAGCUCGAGCGUGCCUUCAACCAGUUCAUCCUCGACCCCAUCUUCAAGAUCUUCUCCGCUGUUAUGAACUUCAAGAAGGAGGAGACCGCCACUCUCCUCGAGAAGCUCAACCUUAAGCUUCCCGCUGAGGACCGUGAGAAGGAGGGCAAGCAGCUCCUCAAGGCUGUCAUGCGAACUUUCCUUCCCGCUGCCGACUCUCUCCUCGAGAUGAUGAUUCUGCACCUUCCUUCUCCCGCCACUGCCCAGAAGUACCGUGCUGAGACUCUGUACGAGGGUCCCCCCGAUGACGAGGCCGCCAUUGGUAUCCGUGACUGUGACCCCAAGGGUCCUCUUAUGCUUUACGUCUCCAAGAUGGUGCCCACCUCCGAUAAGGGUCGAUUCUACGCCUUCGGCCGUGUCUUCUCCGGUACCGUCCGAUCCGGUCUUAAGGUCCGCAUCCAGGGUCCCAACUACGUCCCUGGCAAGAAGGAGGAUCUCUUCAUCAAGGCUAUCCAGCGUACUGUCCUGAUGAUGGGUGGCAAGGUCGAGCCUAUUGACGACAUGCCUGCCGGUAACAUUGUCGGUCUGGUCGGUAUCGAUCAGUUCCUUCUCAAGUCUGGUACCCUCACCACCAGCGAGACCGCCCACAACCUCAAGGUCAUGAAGUUCUCCGUCUCCCCUGUCGUCCAGCGUUCCGUCCAGGUCAAGAACGCUCAGGAUCUCCCCAAGCUUGUUGAGGGUCUCAAGCGUCUCUCCAAGUCCGAUCCUUGUGUGUUGACCAUGACCUCCGAGUCUGGUGAGCACGUUGUCGCCGGUGCCGGUGAGCUCCAUCUCGAGAUUUGCCUCAAGGAUCUUGAGGAGGAUCACGCCGGUGUUCCCCUGAUCAUCUCCGACCCCGUCGUCCAGUACCGUGAGACCGUUACUGCCAAGUCCAGCAUUACUGCUCUGUCCAAGUCUCCCAACAAGCACAACCGUCUGUACAUGGUUGCUGAGCCUAUCGAGGAGGAGCUCUCUCUUGCCAUCGAGUCUGGCAAGGUCAGCGCCCGUGACGAUUUCAAGGCCCGUGCCCGUGUCCUCGCUGACGACUUCGGCUGGGAUGUCACCGACGCCCGAAAGAUCUGGACCUUCGGUCCUGACGGCACUGGUGCUAACCUGUUGGUCGACCAGACCAAAGCCGUUCAGUACCUCAACGAAAUCAAGGAUUCCGUUGUCUCCGGUUUCCAGUGGGCCACCCGUGAGGGUCCCGUUGCUGAGGAGCCCAUGCGAUCUUGUCGCUUCAACAUCCUCGAUGUUACCCUCCACGCUGAUGCCAUUCACCGUGGUGGUGGUCAGAUCAUUCCUACUGCCCGCCGUGUCCUGUACGCCGCCUCUCUUCUCGCCGAGCCCGCUCUUCUCGAGCCCGUGUACCUUGUCGAGAUUCAGGUCCCUGAGCAGGCCAUGGGUGGUGUUUACGGUGUCCUUACCCGACGACGUGGUCACGUCUUCAGCGAGGAGCAGCGACCUGGUACUCCUCUGUUCAACAUCAAGGCCUACCUCCCCAUUCUCGAGUCUUUCGGCUUCAACGGAGAUCUCCGACAGGCCACCUCCGGACAGGCUUUCCCCCAGUCCGUCUUCGACCACUGGCAGAUCCUCCCCGGUGGCUCUCCCCUCGAUUCCACCACCAAGGUCGGACAAAUCGUCACCACCAUGCGAAAGCGCAAGGGUGUCAAGGAGCUCGUUCCUGGUGUCGAGAACUACUACGACAAGCUGUAA